AUGACAGAAGGUGAUGUAAUUACUAUAUUCUCGCAGUACGGCGAGGUUAUGGAUGUGAACCUACCGCGAGAUAAGACAACAGGAAAGCAGCGUGGUUUCGGCUUCCUCAUGUAUGAAGACCAACGUUCUACUGUUCUCGCGGUCGACAACCUCAAUGGUGCACAGGUUUUAGGCCGGACUUUGCGAGUCGAUCAUGUUCAGAACUACAAGCAACCCAAAGUCAAGGGUGAAGAUGGAGAGAUGGAGGAAGCUGCUGAGCAAAGUCUAAAUGCCAAGCCCCAAAUGAUUUAUGAUGAUGCUGAGGAGUCGGAUGGAGGUUCUGUGUCAUCGGCACCUUCGAUUGACCCCGAAGAUCCUAUGGCAAGUUACCUCCUUCAAAAACGGAGAGAGGAAAAGGCUCGCUCGAAGGGAAAGGAUAAGGAGAAGUCAAAACGAAAGCGUGAUAGGACGAAUGAAACUCCAGAGGAACGACGGGCACGAAAAGAACGCAAACGGGCCAAGCGAGAGGCCAAGGAGGGUGUGAAACGUGACCGCGACCAACAUACCUCCUCAGAUACCAAGCGACGAGACCACUCCAGAGAGCGUCGAGUUUAUGAGAAGAGGAACGGCUCCCUGGAACGUGAAGAUCGCCAUGGGCGUGACCGGUCUGAGUACGACCGUCCACGCCAUUCAUCCCGAUCGCCGAGAAGUCUACCAAAUUCUCACUUGCAGACCCCUUCGGCAGUCGCCGCGGUUGGAAGAUUUGCGUUCCCCCUUAAUCGCCUCUGUGAUAUCCGAUCUAAUCCACAAAUAUAUGGUCUCACUUUAGCAUUGGGGACAUACACAACAAUGGAGCAAGCCAGGCGCACUGACGUUGAUGAAGAGAACGCACCCCUUCUACCCGCUAGGAUCAAGUUCAGUUGGCGCAUGCUGAUCGUGCUCUUCAUAUAUACCGCCAUUGUCAAUGGCGCCUCGGAACUCGUGUGGCCGUUUAUAAACCAGUUGAUAGUCAACGUUGGGAUUGCUCCUGAUGAGAAAUCAGUUGGAUUUUAUUCGGGACUCAUGGUGGAUUUUGCCGCCGUUUUGCCGGGUAGCUUUGCUGCCGACCGCUGGGGCCGCAAAGUAGUGUUAUGCAGUACGCUAAUAGGAACUUCUAUUGGAUUGACUUUCUUUGGCACCAGUAAAACUCUGUUUUCCUUGAUAUUUUUUCGGUGUGUUGGGUAUGCUUUGGGGCCCCAACUUGGUUGGGCGACAACCGUUACCAUACUGGGCGAUGUUUCGGAUCCCAGCAACCGUGGAGUGGCAUUUUCAGCGGUGAAUGCCGCAUAUCGCGUUGGACAACUAUUCAGCCCGAUUUUCGCGAGCAUGCUUGCUCACCCAAAGGAUCGCUAUAAAUGGUUCCAAUCAGACUUCUGGGAUCGUUACCCAUAUGCUUUAUCUUGCUGGGCUGGCGCAGCGACCUGCAUUCUCGCCUUGGGUAUGACUAUAUGCUAUGUUCCUGAGACUGCUCCGAGUAUGCUGUAUCCGAAAUCAGAGGACUUUUCAAGCGAAGCGAUACCUCAAAGUAUCCAUACUAAGUAUUCGACGUCUGGACUAUCCCCUACACAUAUUGAAGACGAGACAGCGCCCGCUCGAAUGGUCCCUGCAACCAUGGAGCCGGUAACUCAUGACUUGACUAAACGACCCACAGCAGCAAUUUUCACCCCACACGUCGUCCAACUUCUAAUCUCGUCGUGGGUUAUGUAUUUUAUGACUAUGGGAUUCUUUUCGCUCUUCCCCCUAUGGGCGUUUACACCUAUUUCCAGCGGCGGCCUAGGUGCUUCUGAGAUAGCCAUCGGCUCUUUUAUCUCGGCUCGUGCCAUUGCUCAAUUCUUGGUGUUAAUUCCGUUUGCGUAUUUCGAAACGAGGCUAGGAGUUUAUCGCUUGUAUGCAUAUAGUCUGGCUGUGUACACCAUUUCGGGCGCAAUCGGGUUCCCUCUUCUUAAUGUGCUCGCACAAUCGGAUGGUAUUGCUUCCUUCAGGUUUAGUCUAGCAAUAGCGGUAUACUUUAUCUUAGGAGGUGCUGGAAAUUACUGCACAACAUGUAUGGUCAUAAUGAUCAACCAAGCUGCGCCGACUCCGUACGACUUGGCCCAACUUGUUGGCAUAUCACAAUCGGUGCUCAUGUUAGGCCAGUGCAUGGCCCCUAUCAUCGUUCUAUCAAUCUUUGAGUUCUCUAUCAAGAGCGGUCUGUUGGGAGGAAAUAUCAUCUGGAUAUUCUUAGGUAGUUGCUCUUUAAUUGCAUCUGUGCAUUCAUUUCAACUCAGGGCUCCAGUGUGUGAAGAAUAG